AUGCCAAGAGGAAUCGCGAAGGGCUCGAUUCUCGGCGAAGAGAAGCCGAAAAAGAAUGUUGAGCGCAAGCCAACUUUUCUAUCCUUCUUCAAGGGCGGCGGGUUGGAAAUGAUUGGCGGUUUUGUUGGCUUUGCUAAUUUGCCGAAUCAAGUUCAUCGGAAAUCUGUGAAGAAGGGCUUCGAGUUCACGAUGAUGGCGGUGGGCGAAAGUGGACUUGGAAAAUCAACGCUCAUUAAUUCGCUCUUCCUGACGAAUCUGUACGAGGAACGAGAGGUCCCAGAAGCCGCCAUCAAAGCAAAACAGACAGUUUCAAUAGAAGCAUCGACGGUUGAAAUAGAAGAACGCGGUGUUAAGCUGCGAUUGACAGUGGUGGAUACUCCCGGUUUCGGAGACGCAAUCGAUAACAAAAAUGCAUUUGACCCGAUUAUAGAAUACAUCGAUAAGCAAUUCGAGAGAUACUUACACGAUGAGUCUGGACUAAACCGGCGCCAUAUUGUGGACAAUAGGGUUCAUUGCUGCUUUUACUUUAUCAACCCUUGUGGACACGGGUUGCGCCCAAUCGACAUCGAAUUCAUGAAAACGCUCCAAACGAGGGUGAACCUUGUUCCACUCAUCGCCAAGGCCGAUAUGCUCACGCCAAAGGAAAUUAAAAAGUUCAAGAAGCGAGUUUUGGAGGAGCUCGGAAAGAAUCAAAUCCACAUUUAUCAGCUGCCAGACGUGGAAGACGACGAGGACGAAGACUUCAAGCAGCAAACCCAGCAGCUAAAAUCAAUGAUUCCCUUCGCCGUCGUCGGUUCAACUCAAUUGAUCGAAGUCAAGGGCAAAAAAGUUCGCGGCCGUCUUUACCCGUGGGGAGUCGUAGAGGUCGAGAAUCCAGAUCACAACGACUUCACUGGCCUCCGAACUAUGCUCAUCUCGCACAUGCAGGACCUUCAGGAAGUGACGCACGAUCUGCACUACGAAAAGUACCGAGCAAGUCGACUUGGCGACGAGCCCGAAGCCCCGAUGAUGGCUCCCAUGGGCUCGCGGCCACCACCCGACGCCGAGAAGGAUCGCAUCCUCCACGAAAAGGAGAUGGAGCUCCAAAAGAUGCAGAAGAUGAUCGAGCAAAUGCAAAUGCAGCUGACCAUGCAGCAAAAAGCCUCGGCUUCGGCGGACAAGAACUCAAAAUCUCACAAAGUCUAG